AUGGCCCAGCAAUUCACCAUUUUCUCGCAGCUACCGGCAGAACUGCAAACCCACAUAUGGUACUGGGCGAUUCCUGUGUUUGACAACCGCCAGAUACGCAUGGCAGUCCACUACAAAGCCUCAGUGACCAGGCACAGCUGCUACGCCGAGACAAGACGGUUCUGCGGCCAUCACGGCACGUGCGAAAGGUCAAUCGAAGACACCCCGUGGCAACCAGCCGUCUGCAUGAUAGACGGCUACUUCGCCCUCUCGCCAGACUUCCCCGGGAUGAACAUGGCUUUCCGGGCGCUGCUGCUCAACCUCCAGCUGGCCUGCCGCGAAGCCUGCAAGCUAGUCCGCAAGCAAUAUUCCGUCGCCAUGAAAGUGUACGAGGAGAAAUGGCACCCGGGUGUUCGUUUUCGUACUCUGCGUUGCGACCCCGCAAAUGACGUCCUCAUCGUCAUGAAUGCACAUUCCGAGCUCGACACUCACGUCCCGCCCGGCCAGGAGCAGCACGCCCCUUCCAAUAUCUCGACCCUCACAACCCAAGAAAGAAGAUUUCCGCAGGAUCGCCAGCAAUUCGACAACUUUCGCCGAGUGCUCUCGUCCUUCAAGAACGCUGCGUUUCGGCAUGUAGACGAAGUUCUGCUCAGGACCUUGUCUUUCGAUCCUCCACCACCCGGACGAUCCCUAUCCCCGGUUCCAGGCAACGAUCUUGAGAUCCUUUCGCUCUACAUGGAGUCGAGGGAGAACUUCUACCUGUGGAUGGACCCGGAUUCGUUUCCAGAAAUUCAGAUCAGCGGCCGGAAGAGAAUAGAAGAUCUUGCCAUGUUUCGCGAUCGGCAGUCUGGAAAUUCCGUGGUCAUGUAUCACGACGCCAUGGCUGUGUUGAAUUCUUACAGGGCGGGUGCGGAAGCCGCGAGACGCCACUAUAUUGCAACCGCUGAUCACUGGACACCAAAGCCACGGGAUAUCGAAAGGGUCGGAUGCUACAUUCCAGCCUCGUGGGUUGGAUUGAUUACUUUCGAAUAG